AUGGGUGAGUUUAAUGAGUACGAUGAUAUAGACGAUUUCUUCUGCAAUGACAUCUCCCCGCUACACGAUGAAGCUGACGAGUUCGGUAGCACCGAUAUUGCUCUGCCAAGCCAAUUGUACGGCAAGGGCCCCAAGCCCAGAGCCGGCGAGUCCAAGGCGCUCCGCGACAGAAACAAAGAGUCUGGAAGUGGUACGGAAUCAGAGGCCAAGGGCGACACGCUGGCCACGAAGCGUGGGCGGAGCUCGUGGCGGCGGGGAGCGAGUGAGAGCAGCCGCAGUUCGAGUCUAGGGUCAUCGUCGCCGUCGGACUCGUCUUCUGGCAGGUCGCUGAGUCCAGUGAGGCCGGCGAAACGGAAACGCACGGAUGAGCAGCAACCGGAGAGCGAGGCGAACCGCUUUCUGGCGGAGAUGGAGCGGGACAUCGAGCUGUCUGCCGGUCCUGGCGGCGGGGAAACAGCCACUGGGAAAGGCGGCCGGGACACAGAUGCGCGAGUAUAUAACGUGGGGUUUAUUUCGAGGAUUGAGGGCUCGCGGAACCGCAGGGUAAACGUCAAGGUCACGGGCCAGAAGCAGUUUGCGACUUUUCUCGCUAUCGCGCUCGCUGCGUUUUCGAAGCAGCAUAACAUCAGGAAAUCGCUGAAGCCGAAGUACCAAGCGGAUCAGGUGAAGAUAUACAGAGAGGGUGUCGAGGUGUUUAAGUUUAUGACGUGCGAUUCGUUCAAUAUCGAAGAGCCAUAUAACGCUUCCGCGACAGAUAUUGAGGUCUACAUAGUUCCUGUCGAUGAAGCCACGGCCUUUGAGCAGGAGUGGAAAAGGAAGUUUGAGGAGCGAGUCCGCAUGCUUUCGAACUCUAGCUUUUUGGAAGUUAUGGACGAUAUAGAGGACGACAACGAUGACUUCCUGGUUAACGAGUACGAAAAGGCGCUGGUAAAUGCUCGAUCACUAAAUGAAACGGAACUUGCGGUUAGGGAGGGAACACCGGCAGAUGAGAGUAGCCAACUGCUCAAGAUUGUACUACUCGGAUCCGAUAACAAAAAGGUAUUUAUUCAUGUACGUCCUACGACGACACUUUUAAAGGUUGCUGAACACUAUAGGGUUGCGAAGGAGCUACCUCCAACCGUACAGCUUUCUCUGAUGUUUGAUCACGAAGAAAUUGAUUUAGAUGACACGAUAUGCAAUAUAGACAUAGAAGAUGGUGAUAUCAUAGAGGUGGUAGUGAAGUAA